AUGGAGACCGCGUCGCCAGCAGCUGCGCCUGCCGUUGAGCAGGUGGGGCGUUGUUGCGGCUCUUCAGCAGCAGCAGCUGCUGCUGCUGCAGCAGAAGUGAUGUCUGCAGCAGCAGCAGCAGCACCUGCUGCUGCUACCCUAGACCCAGCAGCAGCAAAAGCCCUCCAUUCAACUAGGGAAAAGAUGGCUUUGUGGCUUGCUGCUGAACUUGAGCUGCUGCAGCGGCUGCUGUACAAGAUAAAUGCGCAGCACCGGAAGGCCCCCUUUUUUUUUAAGGCUCGAGGUGUAUUGGCAGCUGCUGCUCGUCUGCUGCGGCUGCUGCUGCUGUGUCCCUCAACAGCAGGGCCGCAGCAGCAGCAGCAGCAGCUGCUGCUGCAGCAGCUAAUCAAGCAGGCGCGCCCGCUGCUGACUCACGAGCAGCCGCACCUGCUGCCGCGCCAGCAGCAGCAGCAGCAGCAGCAGCAGCAGCAGCAGCUGCCUCCGCGGGGCGGCGCUAGCGCUUCCUUCGCGCAGCAGCAGCAGCAGCAGCAGCAGCAGCAGCAGCAGCAAUUUAUAGAUUUUUUUGUGUCCCUGAAGCAGCUGCUUGCUGCUGCUUUUGAUCUGCAGCUUUCAAUACAACAUGCUGCUGCUGCUGCUUCGCAGCUGCUGCACUUGGGCUACCACGUCAGCAUGGUGCUGCCGCUGCUCGCCAUCUACGGUCGGCUGGCGGCUUUGGGACUCUCGCUGUCUGUGGGCAUAGAGCAGCUGCUGCAGCAGCACGGGGAGCUGCUGCAGCAGCAGGCGGAGGUGCUGCAGCAGCACAGGGAGCUGCAGCAGCUGUUUGCUUCCCACGUGCCAGCAGCAGCAGAAGCAGCAGCAGCAGCAGAAGCAGUUGCUGCUAUGACAAAAGCUGUGUCUCGAGGAGCUAAGGGGGCGCGCGGCGCCUCGGGUGUACGUACACCGCAGAACGCAGCAGCAGCAGCAGCAGCAGCAGCAGCACCGACGGAUGCUGCUGCUGCUGCUGUGCUGCUGCAGUGGUCCGAGUCCUGCAGAGCCGCAUGCGAGGGUGCAGCAGCAACAGCAACAGCAGCAGCAACAGCAGAAGCAAAGCCUUUCGCCGCUGCUGCUGCAGCAGCAGCAGAGCCGAACCCCUCGCCCGAAGCCCCCCCCAGCAGCAGCAGCAGCAGCAGCAGCAGCAGCAGCAGCAAGAAGAGCACUUUGCCCAAACAGUUCGUCGAGUUUGCCGUGUCUGCUGCUCCCUUCAUCGGCAGCCGCAGCAUAACUGAAGAAGCAAUUGCGCGGGAGUGGGCAGCAGCAGCAGCAGCAGCAGCAGCAGCAGCAGCAAGAACAGCAGAAGCUGACCCAAGCCCCAGCCUAAACCCUCACUUGGCCCCUGCUGCCAGCUUUGCUGCUGAAGACGAAGAAGAGUGGCUGUGGCACCCCAGCAGCAGCAGCAGCGACAGCAGCAGCAGCGGCGACAGCAGCAGCAGCAGCGAGCAGCAGCUCACAGCAGCAGCAGCAGCAGCAGCAGCAGAGCCAGAGCCGUUUGAGGCCCUCGAGGACGAGGCCCUACACGCAGAUGCAGCAGCCGACUCGGAACGCGCGCUAAUCAACUAG